ACACCGGGACCCUUUGGGGUUGGAGGCCCUGCCCCGCCUCAGCUCCCUGGCACACAUACGAGGACAGCAGGGAUCCGGGUGCUGAAAAAGAACAUGAAGCGCAGCGGGAGCAAAAACUGCCUGAGCCAGCGGAGCUGCCUUGGAUCCCGAGAGAGAGAGUGGCUGAGAGAGGACCCCGGCAGGGGCUGCGUCUAUCUGUACGGCGCGGACCAAGGCUGCCCCGACGUGGUUCUCUGCACCGUGGACACUUCCGCCUCGGAGAUCUGUGCCAGCGAAGGCAGAGAUUGUCUAUACGUGCAGCUCAACGGAGACCUGAUCAGAAAGCUGGAUCCGCAGGAGAGACCGCUUCGCAUGAUCUACACGUACCUGGCUGACUUGGGAUUUCACGACGCCGUGCGGAUCCAGGACGAGGCAGCCCACUCGGACCUCAGCUGCAUGAUCAGAUUCUACAGCGAAAAACCAACGUCUUUGGAGCAACUGGACCGGAUUCUGUUAUCUGGAGUAUUUAACGUACGCAAAGGCAAAACCCAGCUGCACAAGUGGGCCGAGAGACUGGUGGUCCUCUGCGGAACUUCCUUAAUCGUGUCGUCUGUGAAGGAAUGUCAGACUGGGAAAAUGCACAUUCUGCCACUUGUCGGUGGCAAAGUGGAGGAGGUUAAGCGGAGGCCGUACUGCUUGGCGUUCUCCUCCGCCGAAGCGCAAGCUCCCACGUACCACGUCAGUUUUGAUUCCCCGUCAGAGUACCUGCGAUGGCAUCGGCAAGCAACUAAAGUCAUGUCUCAGAGACUCAGCACAGUGGAUCUAUCAUGUCAAAGCUUGGAAGAGGUUCCAGAGCACCUGUUCUACUCCCAGGAUCUCACUUCACUAAACCUACGUCACAACUUCAUGCAAGCGAAGAGCCCCGGGGGAGUGAGCGGUCUAUGCAGGUUCUCUCAGCUGAGGGUUCUUAACCUGUCCCAAAACAGACUAGGAGAAUUCCCAAUCGAGAUCUGUGACAUUACGGCCCUGACCGAGCUCAACAUGUCCUGCAACGGCUUGACGGAGGUGCCAGCAGAAAUCUGUCACCUGGUCAAUUUACAGAACUUGAAUCUGGAAGGGAACUCCUUGAAGUCGUUGCCAGAAGACCUUGGGUGCUUGCAGCAGCUUUCGUCGCUGGGACUCUCGUUCAAUGAUUUCAGUGACAUCCCAACGGUGUAUGAGAAGCUCGUCUGCGUGGAGAAGCUGUGCAUGGCAGGCAACUCUGUGGAGACUCUGAGUCUUCACUCGCUAAAGAACAUGCCUCACGUGAAACACAUAGACCUCAGAAUGAACCUUCUCAAUCAAGUCGUCGGCAACAGCUUGGAGGCAAUAAACCACAUCACGUACUUUGACGUACGAGACAAUGCUCUAACAGAACUGGACCUCAGCUGCUUGGGAAGCCUGGAACAGAUACGCUGUGAACGCAACCAGCUGAGGGUGCUAACACUCUGUGGGUUCUCUCUGAGAACCAUUUACGCCAGUUCCAACUGUCUGACUGCAGUAAGUGUGUUUUUGGCCCCUGCUCUGCUCACUUUGUUGGAUUUAUCCAGGAAUUGCUUGACAGCCGUUCCAGAAUGGCUUUGUGAGGCUAAGAAGCUGGAGGUUCUAGAUCUCAGCUGGAAUCUUCUCCCAGAACUACCGUCGAGGGUGAUGAGCAGUCAGAGCCUCCGAAAGCUGCUUCUUGGACAUAACCAGCUGAAGAGUCUCCCCAGCCUGGUGGAGAAUAUCCCCUUGGACACACUGGACGUGCAGCACAACUUGCUAAGUCACCUCCCCGAAUCACUCUUCUUAAUGGCUUUAAAUCUCAGGUUCCUCAAUGCUUCUGGAAAUGUUCUGGAAUCCCUUCCUUCAUUGAGUAAUGGAGAGGACGUUGUAAGUAGGCUGCAAGUGCUUUAUUUGACCAACAACAGAUUAACAGACCAGUACGUUCCUCUGCUGACCACGCACUCAAACCUCAGGGUCCUGCAUAUGGCAUACAACCAGCUGGACACCUUCCCGGCGAGCAAACUCCACAAACUGGAGAUGUUAGAAGAGCUGGACCUUAGUGGAAAUCGUCUGAAGUCCAUCCCCAGCACUGUGUCCCACCUCAAGCGUCUCCACACGCUCUUGGCUCACUCCAACUGUAUCAGCGUUUUCCCAGAAAUCUUUAACCUGCCACAUAUCCAGCUGGUUGACUUGAGCUGUAACAACCUGAUGGAAAUCCCAAUCCCUGAAACUCUCCCUCCUGCCCUGCAUGACUUGGAUCUGAAAGGCAACAGCGAGCUGGUCCUUAAUCACCAGCUUCUUGACAUCUUCAGCCAUGUACCCAUACUUAAAAUUGACAACAAGCCUUUCCCGAAUGCUGAUAUGGCUGCGCCAACCUUGCCGUGGGCUCAUGGAUUGGCAGAGAUGUCUGGCCAGAGAAACAAGCUGUGCGUGUCCUCCCUCGCAGUGGCGGACUUUGCUGAGGGUCUGGAGGCGUUGUACGGCAUGUUUGAUGGAGAUCGGAAUGAAGAAGUGCCACGGUUACUACAAUGCACCAUGGGAGAUGUUCUUCUGGAGGAGAUGCAACAGUCGAGCUGUGACAGAACCUUCAUGUGUCAUACGUUCCUCGUGUCACACAGAAUGAUGGGAAUGGCCGGUCAGAAGCUGGGCUCCUCAGCCCUCCUAUGUUACAUUGGACACGGUGUACCGGAUAACAAUGGCAGCUUCUCCCUAACGGUGGCCAACGUAGGAACCUGUAAGGCCGUCCUGUGUAGGAACGGACAGGCUCUCUCCCUCUCCAAAGUAUUUAGCUUGGAACAUUGCCUGGAGGAUAUGCUGAGGAUUAAGGAACAAAAGGCGAUUAUCACCGAGGACAAUAAAGUGAAUGGUGUUACCUGCUGCACCCGUAUGUUAGGCUGCACCUAUCUACACCCUUGGGUGCUGCCCAAGCCUCAUAUCGUUACAGUACCACUUACUAUCCAGGACGAACUCUUGAUCCUGGGCAAUAAAGCUUUGUGGGAGUAUGUGCUGCCUGCAGAAGCUGUAAAAGCCAUCCGCCAUCUUGCUGACCCGCUGGCAGCUGCCAAGAAACUAUGCACUUUGGCCCAAAGCUAUGGCUGCCAGGACAACAUCGCAGCUCUGGUUGUUUGUUUGAACAUCGGAGAGGAUGCUUGCACCUGUGAAAUGCACACGCUAAGCUUACCAAACGCAGCUGGGGCAAGCUCGGUGGCCGCAACGAAAGAAUCUCCUGAUUCUGCCACACCGUCCUCGAGCAGCGGCAUAGCAUCGGAGUUCAGCAGCGAGAUGUCCGUAUCGGAGGUCAGUAGUGAGGUUGGCUCAACCGCUUCUGAUGAACAUGCCAUGGCUGGGUUAGACUUCGGGGUCAUCCCGAGGACUGACCGGAGAUGUAGCCUUCAUCCUAUUCCCUCAGCCAGCACAUUCCAGCGUCAGCCAUCUUGUGCCACUUUCUCCAGCAACCAGUCUGACAAUGGUCUGGACAGUGAUGAUGACCUGCAGGGUGAAGGUAUUAUCACCAAUGGCAGCAGAGUGGAAGUAGAGGUGGACAUCCAUUGCAGUAGACAGCACACACCUGAAGUCCCUGCCAUCAGCACUUUUCACGCUUUGGAGGAUGACGGAGGGAUCUCUGUUCAGGUACUCCAAGAAAACAGCCAAAACUACAACCAACCAGCAGCUUCAAGCCAAGAAAAGGACAAUGCAACAACUGCUUGCUCUGGACCAGGCGUGUUUAUGAAGAAACAUUCGAAUGGCUCUGUCGUGCCACUGGAAGAAAUUCUUAACCUAAUUGAAGUGGCCUCAGUGGCUCCUAAAAGAAAAACGGGUUACUUUUGCGCACCUUCUCAGGUGGAUCCUGAUGACCAGCUGGUGGUCCCACCUCACUUGCAGCACGAGGUCAACGAACAGUUGUGUGAUGCAGAGCAGGUAUUACAGGACAGAACCGCCGGACACGAAGAGUUCGAUACAGCGUUGUAACCUUUAGUCAGGACUGUUAUUUGGAAUGGGAAAAA